AUGGACAUGUAUGCAGGUAAGCUGGUGCUGGCCCCGAUGGUGCGGGCUGGGGAGUUGCCCACGCGGCUUAUGGCCCUGAAGUACGGUGCUGGGCUGGUGUGGUCGCCCGAGAUAAUAGACAAGAAACUGAUUCAGACACAGCGUGUGGAAAACAGCAGCCUGAGCUCUGUGGACUACGUGAUGCCCUCGGGUGUGCUGGUGUUUCGCACUGUGCCUUCUCUAGAGCGCGGGAAACUGAUAUUCCAGAUCGGGUCGGCGGACCCGGCGCUGGCGAAGGAAGCUGCUUUGAAAGUGAUCCAGGACGUGGAUGGCAUAGACUUGAACUGUGGAUGCCCCAAGCACUUCUCCAUACACGCUGGGAUGGGGUCCGCGCUGCUGAAAAAGCCCGAAAAGCUGUGCUCGAUCCUAAAAGAGCUGGUGGAGCACGUCGGUACACCGCAUGGUAAACCUAUCUCCUGCAAGAUACGGCUGCUCGAGGAUGAAGCCUCCACACUUGAGUUGGUGAAGAUGAUAUGUGACACAGGGAUUAGGAACUUGACUGUGCAUUGCCGGACUACUCCAAUGAGAAACAGAGAGACGCCGAUCAGAGACUAUAUAGAUAGUAUAUUCAGUGUUUGCAAGAAGGCAGGUGUGUCACUAUUGAUCAAUGGUGCGAUAAGGCACAGGGAGGAGUUUGAGCAGUUGUUCUCGUAUAACCCGGAAAUCGGUGGUAUGAUAGCCGAAGCCGCUGAGAGUAACCCAACAGUCUUUUCAAAGGAUGUGCUACCGUGGCACCAAACAGUGAAGGAAUUCUUGGAGAUCGCAAAGAAGUAUGAAAAUAAUAUAGGAAACACCAAGUACAUGCUCUCUAGGCUAGUGCCAGGAAAAUCCAAAUUCUUCCAAUACUAUGCACAAUGCAAGACAGUAGAGGACCUGGAUCACAUCUCCUCAUUGAUAGAUGACAACGGUGAACCCAAAGGCGACCCAUCAGAAUAUUUGAUUAAGCGUAGAGAAGAAGAAAAGCUGCUAAAGAGGCAGGAAGGUGAAAGGAAAGCGUUGGAAAGGAAGCUGGCCAAGCAGCAAAAACGUGAGUUGGAAGUAGAGUCAGAUUCCAAUAAAAAACCUAAGCUCGAUUAA